AUGUCUGGCGAAACACUCUAUCUCCGCGGCACCAUGCGCGCUCACACCGACCAUGUGACCGCCAUCGCCACACCCAUCGACAACUCCGACAUGAUCGUUACCUCCUCCCGUGACAAAUCGCUCAUCGUCUGGGAUCUCACCAAGGUCGAGAAGACCUACGGUGUCCCCCGCCGUCGCCUCACCGGUCACUCGCAUUUCGUUCAGGACGUCGUCCUCUCCUCCGACGGCCAGUUCGCUCUGUCCGGUUCCUGGGACGGUGAGCUCCGGCUCUGGGAUCUCGCAGCCGGUGUCUCCGCCCGUCGCUUCGUCGGGCACACCAAGGACGUGCUCUCCGUCGCCUUCUCGAUCGACAACCGUCAGAUCGUGUCCGCCUCCCGUGACAAGACCAUCAAGCUGUGGAACACCCUCGGCGAGUGCAAGUACACCAUCCAGGACGGCGAGGCGCACUCCGAUUGGGUAAGCUGCGUUCGAUUCAGCCCUAACACUCUCCAGCCCACUAUUGUUUCCGCGUCCUGGGACCGUACCGUGAAGGUCUGGAAUUUGACCAACUGCAAGCUGAGAAACACCUUGCCUGGCCAUGGUGGCUAUGUGAACACUGUUGCUGUUUCUCCUGACGGCUCGUUGUGCGCCAGUGGAGGGAAAGAUGGUGUGAUUUUGCUCUGGGAUCUUGCAGAGGGUAAGAGGCUUUACAGUUUGGAUGCCGGUGCUGUGAUUCAUGCGCUCUGCUUCAGUCCCAACAGGUACUGGCUGUGUGCUGCUACUGAGAACAGCAUUAAGAUCUGGGAUUUGGAGAGCAAGUCGAUUGUUGAGGACUUGAAGGUUGACCUCAAGGCCGAGGCUGAGAAAUCUGAGGGUGCUGCACCCAACACUCUUAAGAACAUCCAUUGCACAUGCUUGAACUGGAGUGCAGAUGGAAGCAUCUUGUUCAGUGGAUACACCGACGGUGUGAUUCGAGUUUGGGGCAUUGGCCGCUGAAUCGGUUGGGUCGAGAGUAUUGAAGGAGGCCUGUUUUUUUGUUCACUUGGUAGGGAACAAGGGAUUUUUGGAGACUAUGUUUUGAGAUAUUUGUCAUAGAAGUGAAUCGUGCAAUUUGCUGAUGUUGGAUUAUUUUCAAUUUGGUAAUGAGCCCUAAGAUGUUAUGGUAUUUUCAUCAUACAUUAAUUAUGUGCUCCAUUUGGUUUGAGG